AUGGAUGAGAACUCCCACUGCAAACUGAAGCCUUCCAUAAAACAAGUGCUUUAUUAUCGAAUUCCUUUCCUGUGGUUUUUGGUCAACCACCCCCCGUUUUUAUUUGAGGCGUUUCUCUAUGCUCCCAUAGAUGAGGAGAGCAGCAAAGCCAAGAUUGGGGAUGAUGCUAUUGUUUUUACCUUGUAUAAAAAAGAGGCUGCCAUGUGGGAGACCCUGUCCUUAUCAGGUGUUGACAAAGAGAUGAUGCAAAGAAUAAGAGAAAAAUCUGUUUUACAAGCACAAGAGGCAGCAAGGGAAGCCACAGAGGCAAAAGCCGCAGCAAAGCGGGAGGAUCAGAAAUAUGCACUGAGUGUCAUGAUGAAGAUUGAUGAAGAAAAGAGGAAAAAUAUAGAAGCUAUGAAAGAGAAUGAGCGGAUAAAAGCAACUAAAGAAUUGGAAGCCUGGAAAGAACAUCAAAAGGAAGCCGAACAGAAAAAAAUGCAGAAAGAAGAGAAAUUGUGUCAACCAGAAAAGCAAGUUAAAGAAGAAAGAAAAAUGUUAAAAAAUAAAAAAAGUCUUUGUAGAAAUUUGACAUCUAGAAAUCUUGCCACAAAAGGGAUAAAUUCAGAAAAUAUAUUUUCUGAGAAGUUAAAGGAAGACAGUGUUCCUGGUCCUCGCUCUGUCGGCAAUAUUAAAAUCAGCUUUACCCCUCGCGUGUUUCCAACGGCUCUCCGAGAAUCACAAGUAGCAGAAGAAGAGGAGUGGCUACACAAACAAGCAGAGGCACGUAGGGCAAUGAAUACUGAUAUUCCUGAAUUCAGUGACUUGAAAGAAGAAGAGAAGAACCCAGAAUGGUUGAAGGACAAAGGAAACAAAUUGUUUGCCACAGAAAACUAUUUGGCAGCUAUUAAUGCAUACAACUUAGCCAUAAGACUAAAUAAUAAGAUUCCAUUAUUGUAUUUGAAUCGAGCUGCUUGCCACCUGAAACUGAAAAACUUGCACAAGGCCAUUGAAGAUUCUUCUAAGGUCUUCUGGAUUAUGAAGCUGCACUUAAGAUUGAUCCAUCCAACCAAGUUGUACAAAAUGAUGCUGAGAAGAUUCGAAAUAUCAUUCAAGGAACAGAACUAAAAUCUCAAUGACUACUAGAGACAACUAAUUAUCAUUUAAAAUUUUAAAAUGUAAGUGGAGGAAUUUAGGGAUCUCACUAUAUAUUAUUACUGAUUGUGAAAAAUCACUUUAUGUUUCGUAUUCUAGUUCUAUAGAAGUCAGAGGAAAUGACAUGCGUGACCUGGUAGUUUCUGAAUAAGUAAAUAAAACACUAAAUUUUAAUUUUCUUCUUCUUUAUAUUCAUACAUAGCUAACUACAUAUAUAUUCUAAAGGCAUUGGAUUUGACCUUGUAACUAACAAAAUAUUUGUUUCCAUGAUGAUUACCAGGACUCUUACUAAUUUUUAACAAUAUAGUUUUCAA